GUGGCAGGUUGGCUCGUAGCUCUUUCACCCUGCCCUGCUGACGUGCUGACGUUGCUGCAGGAUUCCGAAUGGGAAAGGCAUUAUGGACGUGCAAGUCGCGCCGCUGAGAUCUUGGGACGAUUUCAUCCCGGGCCACGAUCGUUUUGCCGUGCCGGAUUUCAAAGAUAUUUCCAAAUGGAACAACAGGGUGGUCAGCAAUUUGCUCUAUUAUCAGACCAACUAUCUGGUGGUGGCUGCCACCGUGAUCUCCAUAGUGGGGUUUCUGAGUCCACUGAGCAUGCUCCUUGGUGGUGCUGUAGUGGUCCUGGUGUUCGCAGGAUUUGUGUGGGCAUCGCAUAACAAAGACUUCAUUCGCAAGUUUAAGAAGCACUAUCCAGCUGCAUUUGUCAUAGUCAUUAUGCUGUCAAGCUAUUUCCUGAUAUCCUUUUAUGGAGGCGUUAUGGUGUUCAUGUUUGGAAUCACGUUUCCUCUGCUCUUGAUAUUUGUUCAUGCUUCCUUGAGACUUCGUAACAUAAAGAACAAACUGGAGAACAAGAUGGAGGGCAUAGGCUUGAAGAAGACUCCUAUGGGUAUUGUACUGGAUCUUCUCGAGCAACAAGAAGAGAGCAUCAACAAGCUGGCUGACUACCUGGCUAAAGCAAAGGAAUAAAUCUGCAUGCUGUUCCAUGUUCCUUGCUUGUCCAGGCUCAUUUUUCAGUCUGUGAGAGCAAAAAAGAAUACACAGACUGCAAAGAUGACGUGUGACACAAUACUGCAACAUCUUCAGGGCUCCUCUGACCAGGGUGGGGAGGCAAUAGUAACUUUUCUGUAACCUACUAAAAUGUGUUUGACACACACAUGCAUUUGAUAGUUCAUAGCACUUGCUUUUGUCUUCAGGAAAAAAAAGGAAUGCAUUUGCAGAACUUCUGUCAACGUGUUAGUGUUUUCCAAAGUAUGUCCUCUGUGGUAGUGCACUUAAUGCAUAUAAUCCCUUUUGUCUCCUGUCGAAGUGAAGGUGGUAUUGCACAGCUCCAAAACUAAUAUAAAAUAGGGCUCUAAAAAUCAGUUUUGGAGUACAUCUUUUGACUGAUCUGUGUUUCCAAAUGGAAAGGUAGUGGGUUGCACCACAUGUACCUUUUUGAAGUUGUUUGAGAAACUGAUCUUUCUCCUGUUCACAAACUGAAACCUUUUUCUGUGCAAGAAUUGCAAGCUUUUACAGAUGACAUCUAGCAAACAGACAUUCCUUCAAUAACAUGCGAAAUCAUACUAUUCAGGUGACAAGUUGCAUAACAAGAUGAAUCUGACUUUCUGUGCAUGCCACAUCCAACUGUUACAUACGUACUUUACCUUAUAUAUACAAUAUAAAAUAGAAUAUGUGAGUAUUUAAAAAAUAACUCCGCCAGAUUCAAAAUAUGCAGUUAAACACAAUUAAGACUCUUUAAGAGGCUUUAGUCUAAUUGAUAUAUGUAUGUAUAUUUUGCAGAACAAAUUAACUGGAAGUAAGAUUCGCAAACUUGACCUGUUAAUACCUCAUAUUAGCACCUGGGAUAGGGCUGUCCAGGCUUUAUUUUCCUAUAAUAGAAGAGAGGAAACCAUUCCAGGCAACCUCUUGCAGUAUUCUCAAGCACCUUAAAUUUUUGCCUGAAUAUCUGUUUGAAUAGGAUGGACUUGAGUACUAGAACUAUACGUUAUAAAAUAUUCCAGUCUCCAUUACAUGUCACCACACUCCUUUUUUCCUUUCUAAUGCAUUUAUAUGCAAUUACUAGACUCUCUUUUACAUAAGAUAUCCUCCAAAGAAAAAUUCCUCAUUUGACUCUUGAAAUUGGUGUUAGAAUGUGCCUGCCCCCUCUAAACUGAGAAUUGUAAUGCCUCAUUCCAUAUUUACAUUGUAAAAUGAUCAGUAUUUUGUUGCGAGUGUGUGUCUCUACCUAUAUAUUCUAGGAUUAAAAACAAGUAAGCUGGUCUUGAUCUGUACACUGUCUUCUUUUAUUAUACUUAAUAGUUCUUUCCGUGUUUUGAUUAGCCUGUGACUUCACUAUUUAGAAUUUUAAAAAUGUCAAAGAAUAAAAUUUAAGAAGUAUA